AUGAUAUUCCGAAGAAAGCUGUGCACAAUUUCUAGAUUUUCCCGAAUUUGUGAGAAGGAUUUGAAGGUUUUCGAGGGGAUUUUGGGGAAGGAUGCGGUUUUGACAGAGGAUAUUGAGAUGUUUACACAGGAUUGGACGAAACAGUUUAAAGGUGAGGUUUUUGGCGGAGAAAUUUUUGAUUUUUUGAAGUUUUGAGGCGUUGUAUGGUCAAGAAUACUAUCAUUUUUUGAAAAAUCAAAAAAAUGUUAUGAAAAUUUUGAAACAGUCAAUUUUUUUUACUGAAAAAUUCAUUUUCGAACAAUUUUUUUCCAGAAACAGUUGAGAAUCAAUUUUCAAAAUUCCCCAAAAAAAAUUAUGAAAACUUUGAAACAGUCAAUUUUUUUUGGAUUAAAAAAUUCAUUUUUGAACUUUUUUUUCAAAUUUAAAAUUGUUCAAUCAUAAAUUUCGUAACAUAUCAAUUUUCAAAAAUCAAAGACAAAAUUAUAGAAAUUUUGAAACAGUCAAUUUUUUUUGGAUAAAAAUUUGAUUUUUGAACAAUUUUUUGAAAUGAAAAUUGUUCAAUUAUCAAUUUUCAGAAGUCAUCACAAAAUUUAUAGAAAUUUUGAAACAGUAAAUUUUUUUUAAUCAAAAAUUGUCAAAAUUUACCUUCUAAAAUGGAAGCAUUUUUCAAAAAUCACCAAAAAAAUUGCGAAAAUUUUGAAACAGUAAAUUUUUUUAAGUUGAAAAAUUCAUUUUUGAACAAUUUUUUGAAUUCGAAAUUCCAACAGAACGGGUGAAAAUCAAUUUUCAAAAUUCCCCCCAAAAAAAUAUGAAAAUUUUGAAACAGUAAUUUUUUAAAUUUAUAAUUCCCAACGACAAAUUACGUUCCUACAUCAAUUUUCAAAAAUCACAAAAAAAAUUUUAUAGAAAUUUUGAAACAGUCAAUUUUUUUUGGACUGAAAAAUUGAUUUUUGAACAAUCUUUCGAAUUUAAAAUUUUACAAAGGCAUAUUCCGUUAAUUUAUCAAUUUUUAAAAAUUCCCAAAAAAAUUAUGAAAAUUUUGAAACAGUCAAUUAUUUUGGAUGAAAAAUUCAUUUUUGGACAAUUUUUUGAAUUCAAAAUUCAGACAGAUAACGUUUGAAUAUCAAUUUUCAAAAAUCACUAAAAAAUUAUGAAAAUUUUGAAACAGUCAAUUUUUUUCGAUUAAAAAAUUCAUUUUUGAAUUUGAAAUCGUUCAAUUCGUUUUCAAUUUCGUUAAUUUAUCAAUUUUUAAAAAUUCCCAAAAAAAAUUAUAGAAAUUUUAAAACAGUCAUUUUUUUGGAUUAAAAAAUUGAUUUUUUAACAAUUUUUUGAAUUUAAAAUUGUUCAAUUCGUUUUCAAUUUCGUUAAUUUAUCAAUUUUUAAAAAUUCCCAAAAAAUUAUAGAAAUUUUGAAACAGUAAAUUUUUUAAUUGAAUUUUUUGAAAAUUAAAAAUUGUCAAAAUUUGCCUGCUAAAAUGGAAAUUCAAAAAUUACAAAGAAAAAUUAUGAGAAUUUUGAAACAGUAAUUUUUUUUAAAUAAAAAAAAGUCAAUAAAAAUUUUCAAACGUGAAAUAUUUUUCACGUGUUUUUUUAUUUCAUUUCUUAUUCUUUGCAGGCCGCGGAAGUGCUGUUCUCUCGCCAAAAUCAACCGAAGAAGUGUCUGCAAUUUUGGCGCAUUGUUCAAAACAAAAAUUGGCAGUGGUGCCGCAGGCCGGAAAUACUGGAUUGGUUGGUGGAUCCACGCCGGUGCACGAUGAGGUAAAUUUGUCUAGAAAUUUGUUAAAAUCAAUUUUAAAAAUAGAAGCUGUAAAUAUUCAUGAAACUUCUGAAACAGUAAAAUUUUUCACUGGAUUUUCGGGUUUUUGUCGAAUCCAUAUCAAAAAUUUGGGAAAAAACAUUUAUUUAUAUGAAAAUUUUGAAACAGUAAAAUUUUAUAGAUAAUUCUCUCAAUCAACCACAUCAAUAAGCAAUUUUCCUUCGACUCAACAAUGGGAAUUCUUCAAUGCGACGCUGGUUUCAUUCUGCAAGAACUCGACGAAAAAUUGCACACUUUUGGAUAUAUGAUGCCUUUUGAUUUGGGAGCCAAGGGAUCGUGUAGAAUUGGCGGGAAUAUUGCGACUUGUGCUGGAGGUGGGCCGGUUUUUUUAAUACCGAAUUUGGUUAGGGUUAAAUAGGGUAGAAUUCCACGUGGCAAAAAUUUGAAUCCGAAGUUUUCGCGCGAAAAAUCAACGUGUCAAAAAAUUUAAAUCCUAAUUUUUUUGUCAAAAAUUUGAAUUUCUAACUUUUCUUUUCAAAAUGUCUCGUUCGAUUUUCUAACCCAAAAUCCACGUGGAAAAUUCAAAUUCGAAGUUUUUCUGGAAAUUCACGUGGCAAGACUUUGAGUUCAAAUAUGGUCUUCUAAAUUUCCUGAAAAAAUAUUUUUUCAAAUUUUUUUCUCAAAAAAUUCAAACUGCUCUCUAAAUUUCCUCACAAAUCUCGAAAAUCCUCAAUUUCCUCCAGGUCUUCGACUUGUUCGCUAUGGAAGCCUUCACGCCCAUCUACUCGGUCUUACUGUAGUUUUGCCAGACGAAAAGGGAACAAUUUUGGAAUUGGGAUCAGCGAUUCGAAAAGACAACACCUCAUUUCACACACCGCAUUUGUUUUUGGGAAGCGAAGGAAUGUUGGGAGUGAUUACGAAUGUGACAAUGACGGCGGUGCCGAAACCGUUGAGUGUACAAAGUGCUAUGUUGGGUGAGGAAUUUUUGGGGCUGAAAAUUCUGGAAAUGUUGAUUUUCACAAAUUCUCAGUGUUUUCAUGAUUUUCAGCACAAAAUUUUGAUCUAGAAACUUUAAUUUUUUUUGCUGUUUCAAAAAAAUUAUAAAAAAUGUUUAUAUUUUUCGAAAUUGAUAGUUUAGCUAUUUCGUGCUCUCAUAUCUGAAAUUUUGUGCUGAAAAGUCUGGAAAUGUUCAUUUUUAGAAAUUCUGAGUGCUUUCAUGAUUUUCAGCGCGAAAAUUUGAUCUGGAAACUUUGAUUUUUUCACUGUUUCAAAAAAUUUAUAAGAAAUGAUUAUAUAUUUCGAAAUUCAUUAUUCCUAAGUAGUCCUUUUUAUAUGUAAAAUUUUGCGCUGAAAAUCUUGGAAUUGUUCAUUUUCAAAAAUUCUAAGUGCUUUCAUGAUUUUCAGGACAAAAUUUUGAUUUAGAAACUUUUAUUUUUUUUACUGUUUCAAAAUUUUUAUAAUUUUUUUCUACAGUUUUCGAAAAUUACUAUUUUUUGGUAAGCCUAUUUAUAUGUAAAAUUCAGCGCUGAAAAUCCUGGAAUCUGAAAUGUCGUUUUCAGAAAUUCUGAGUGUUUUCAUGAUUUUCAGCGCGAAAAUUUGAUCUGGAAACUUUGAUUUUUUCACUGUUUCAAAAAAUUUAUAAGAAAUGAUUAUAUAUUUCGAAAUUCAUUAUUCCUAAGUAGUCCUUUUUAUCAGAGUUCCGAAUUUGCAACACCUUGAAACCGUUUUAUACCGACACCUCACACUGUGUCGGUUUCAUUAGGGUGUCGUUAAACGACACCCGAGUGAAACCCAUCCUCGUUGAAUGACACCCUAAUGAAACCCAUUGCUGAAAUAUCGCAUUGAAGUUGAAAUUUUUGUAAAUCGUCUGAAAAUGAGUUUUUGAGUAGGGUGAAGCUUGAAUUUCAGCUUCUUCUAUCACUUUAAGCUUAAGCUUCAACCCAGAAGCUGUUAUCAGUAAUUAUCAGUGAAAUUUCAAAAUUAUCAGAAUGAGCUGGGAGUUGGAGGAAAUGAUGUUUGGUGAUUGCAGAUGACAUUUUUGAUAAGUUUAGAGCUCCAGCUUCAUCUCAGAAGCUCUUAUCAGUCCUUAUCACUAAAUUAUCAAUAUGCUCGGAUUGAGCUCAAACUUGCAGAAAAUGAUGUCUGGGGCUAGUAGAGACUAUUUUUGAUAACUUUAUACAUCAAGCUUCAUCUCAAAAGCUCUUAUCACCUGUUCAUCACUAAAUUAUCAAUAUCAUCUGAUAAGGCUGAAAAUCGGGAUUUUUGGGUUUUCGAGUAUGGGGAAUCGUGUGCUGAUAAUCAUUUUGUCUGAAAACCACUCUUAAAGGACCCCAUCACUCAAAAAAAUUUUUUUGGAAAAAUUAUGUUUCGGCGUUUUUCGGUACGGGAAGUCAUGUGGAGCUGAUCAAUCGACUCAAAACUCGUUUUUAAAGGCAGUAAACAUGAAACAAUUAAUUUUUUUUAAAUUUCAAGAUUAGUGGUUUUUCGGUAAGCGGAACAUCGUGGUAAUACCCAUUUGACCUAAAAAUGACUUUUAAAGGUACAGUCCGACCAAAAAAUAUUUUUUAUGGAAACUAGGUUUUUUGAUAUGGUGAUCAUUGUGCUGACAUUGAUUCGGUUCGAAAAUGGUUUUUUAUGUUAAAAAAAACUCAAAAAAAGUAAUAACCUGAAAUAUGCCUUUGAAAACCAUUUUCGAACCGAAUCAAUGUCAGCACAAUGAUCACCAUAUCAAAAAACCUAGUUUCCAUAAAAAAUAUUUUUUGGUCGGACUGUACCUUUAAAAGUCAUUUUUAGGUCAAAUGGGUAUUACCACGAUGUUCCGCUUACCGAAAAACCACUAACCUUGAAAUUUAAAAAAAAAUUAAUUGUUUCAUGUUUACUGCCUUUAAAAACGAGUUUUGAGUCGAUUGAUCAGCUCCACACGACUUCCCGUACCGAAAAACGCCGAAACAUAAUUUUUCCAAAAAAAUUUUUUUUUGAGUGAUGGGGUCCUUUAAGAGUGGUUUUCAGACAAAAUGAUUAUCAGCACACGAUUCCCCAUACUCGAAAACCCAAAAAUCCCGAUUUUCAGCCUUAUCAGAUGAUAUUGAUAAUUUAGUGAUGAACAGGUGAUAAGAGCUUUUGAGAUGAAGCUUGAUGUAUAAAGUUAUCAAAAAUAGUCUCUACUAGCCCCAGACAUCAUUUUCUGCAAGUUUGAGCUCAAUCCGAGCAUAUUGAUAAUUUAGUGAUAAGGACUGAUAAGAGCUUCUGAGAUGAAGCUGGAGCUCUAAACUUAUCAAAAAUGUCAUCUGCAAUCACCAAACAUCAUUUCCUCCAACUCCCAGCUCAUUCUGAUAAUUUUGAAAUUACACUGAUAAUUACUGAUAACAGCUUCUGGGUUGAAGCUUAAGCUUAAAGUGAUAGAAGAAGCUGAAAUUCAAGCUUCACCCUACUCAAAAACUCAUUUUCAGACGAUUUACAAAAAGUUCAACUUCAAUGCGAAAUUUCAGCAAUGGGUUUCAUUAGGGUGUCAUUCAACGAGGAUGGGUUUCACUCGGGUGUCGUUUAACGACACGCUCAGAGAAUAAGAACGGAAAUCCAGUGGACAAAGUCCUCCGCUGGAGUCCCGAAAUAGCGAAUUUCGGAAUUCCGUCGGAGAGAUCUCUCCGGCGGACUUCCAGAUUUGUUUUUUUGCCAGAACGACAAAAACGGACUCCAAAACUUGGAAAACCAGUGGAGAACAUUGUCCGCUGGAGUUCCGGUAUGAUUUUCGGCUUUCUUUUGGAAUUCCAGCGGAGAAUUCUCUCCACCGGAGUUACCAAUUGUGUCCAGAAAGACUACGGCGGAGAGAAGAAGUGAACUUUUGACUUUUGAGUUGAAACUUCAAUUUUCAUGUUUUUUCUAUAAGGUUUUCGGUUAGACGUUGAGGAACAAACUUUUUAAUUAGACGACGAAAUUGUGAACGGAAAAAUGAAUAUUUGAAAAGUUUUAGUUCGUGAAAUUAAUGAAGUUCCUCCCAACUUCAAAGACUGGAAAACAGUUGCCUCAUUAUGAUUUUACGAACUAAACUUACUCGUUUCUGAUAGAAAAAAAGUUGUACUGUAAUUUCUAUAUAGAAUAUUGUUUGAAUUUCUCACAUCAAAGCUAUUGAUAAAAAUUAGAUUCUGAAUUCAAUAAAAUUAUAAUUUUUUCUAGUUAAAGUCUGGUAUAAUUUCAAGGAAACAUUUGAAUACCUGUUCAGGAAGUUUUAUCAUAUCUUUUCUUAAAGUAUUCAUGAAUUAGAAAAUUUAAAUCAGCCUGAGAAAAUUUUUCGUUACUUUUCAAGUGAAAAUUAUAAGCACAUGUUUCGAAAAUUGAAAUUUCAGCACUCUUCUACGAACAUUUUUAAAUCAAAAAACUUAAGAUUAAAAUGUUUAAUUUUGACUCUCUGGAGUUAAAAACAUCUAUUCUCUAUGUUUUUCAAGAAAUAUUUGGAAAACUAGAUAAAUCUCAUAUGAAACAGCUUUCAAAUAAUUAAUUUUAAUCCUUAAAUAGCUAAUAUAUGGGUCAAAAGUACGAACAUAUACAAAUUCGGCUGAUACUAAUUAUAUAAACACCAAUCGCCGUCGCUGUUUCUACGCGCGUGGAUGGUGUAUUUGGGUGAAUGGCUGCCUAUUGAUCCACCCUCAAUAGCCAGGUUCGAUCCCCGCUAGUGGCAGAUCAAAACAGACUACUUCGAAAUCAAACCGACUUAUCAUAAAUCAGUUUCAGAUGCUUCAAAUAGGUUCCAGAUGACAAAAACAGCUUCAGAUAGAAGCCCCAUCAACCUCAUAUUUUCCUUUUUAAUUUUGAAAAUUUUGCCUCCCGGAGCUCCGGCGGAGAGUUUUCGGACUUCCGGCGGAGAGUUUUCGGACUUCCAGCGGUGGUAGAAUGGAAUUCCGGUUUCUCUCCGCCGGAACUCCGGCAACUCUCCACUGGUCUUCCGUUCUUAUUCUCUGAGACCCUAAUGAAACCGACACAGUGUGAGGUGUCGGUAUAAAACGGUUUCAAGGUGUUGCAAAUUCGGAACUCUGCUUUUUAUAUGUAAAAUUUUGCGCUGAAAAUCUUGGAAUUGUUCAUUUUCAAAAAUUCUAAGUGCUUUCAUGAUUUUCAGGACAAAAUUUUGAUUUAGAAACUUUUAUUUUUUUUACUGUUUCAAAAUUUUUAUAAUAUUUUUCUACAGUUUCCGAAAAUUACACCUUUUUAUUAAGCCAAUUUAUAUAUAAAAUUUCGCGCUGAAAAUUCUGGAAAUAUUAAUUUUCAGAAAUACUGAUUGCUUUCAUGAUUUUCAGCGCAAAAUUUUAUUUUUUAAAAAUUUAUUUUUUUUACUGUUUCAAAAAAUGCAUAAGGAAUGUUUAUAUAUUUCGAAAAUCAUUAGCUUUCAAUAGACCAAUUUAUACUAAAAUUUUCGCGCUGAAAAUCCUGAAAAUGUUCAUUUUCAGAAAUUUUGAGUGCUUCCAUGAUUUUCAGCGCAAAAUCUUGAUCUAGAAACUUUAAAUUUUUUUACUGUUUCAAAAAAUUCAUAAGAAAUAUAUUUAUUUUUUGGAAAUCACUUUCAUUUUUGAAAUUUUGCGCUGAAAAUCAAGAAAAUCUUCAUUUUCAGAAAUUCUAAGUGCUUUCAUGAUUUUCAGCGAAAAAACUUGAUCUAGAAACUUUUUUUUUUACUGUUUCAAAAUUUUUAUAAAGAUUUUCUAUAGUUUUCGAAAAUGAUAUUUUAGCUUCUUGACGCUCUUAUAUCUGCAAUUUUGCGCGGAAAACCCUGGAAAUGUUCAUUUUCAGAAAUUCUAAGUGCUUUCAUGAUUUUCAGCACGAAAUUUUGAUCUAGAAAUUUUGAUUUUUCACUGUUUCAAAAAAUUCAUAAGGAAUGUUUAUAUUUUACAAAAAUCAUUCUCAUACCCAAAAGUUUCGCGCUGAAAAUUCUGAAAAUCUUCAUUUUCAGAAAUUCUAAGUGCUUUCAUGAUUUUCAGCACGAAAUUUUGAUCUAGAAAUUUUGAUUUUUCACUGUUUCAAAAAAUUCAUAAGGAAUGUUUAUAUUUUACAAAAAUCAUUCUCAUACCCAAAAGUUUCGCGCUGAAAAUUCUGAAAAUCUUCAUUUUCAGAAAUUCUAAGUGCUUUCAUGAUUUUCAGCGUAAAAUUUUGAUCUAGAAAUUUUUAUUUUUCACUGUUUCAAAAUUUUUAUAAUUUUUUUCUACAAUUUUCGAAAAUUACUAUUUUUUGGUAAGCCUAUUUAUAUGUAAAAUUCAGCGCUGAAAAUCCUGGAAUCUGAAAUUUCGUUUUCAGAAAUUCCCACUGCUUUCAUGAUUUUCAGCGCAAAAUUUUGAUCUAGAAACUUUAAUUUUUUUUACUGUUUCAAAAAAUUUAUAAGAAAUGGAUAUAUAUUUCGAAAAUCAUUGAGAAUUUGACAUAUGAGAAAUUUUGCGCUAAAAAUACUGGAAAUGUUCAUUUUCAGAAAUUCUGAGUGUUUUCAUGAUUUUCAGCACAAAAUUUUGAUCUAGAAACUUUAAUUUUUUUUACUGUUUCAAAAAAUUUAUAAGAAAUGGAUAUAUAUUUCGAAAAUCAUUGAGAAUUUGACAUAUGAGAAAUUUUGCGCUAAAAAUACUGGAAAUGUUCAUUUUCAGAAAUUCUGAGUGUUUUCAUGAUUUUCAGCGCAAAAUUUUGAUCUAGAAACUUUUAUUUUUCUGUUUCAAAAAUAAUAAUAAUGAGUAUUUAUAUUUUUAGAAAAUGAUUUGCCAGCUUCUCUGCACUCUCAUAUCUGAAAUUUUGCGCUGAAAAUUCUGGAAAUGUUCAUUUUCAGAAAUUCUAAGUGCUUUCAUGAUUUUCAGCACAAAAUUUUGAUCUAGAAACUUUAAAUUUUUUUACUGUUUUAAAAAUUUUAUAAUUUUUUUCUACAAUUUUCGAAAAUUACUAUUUUUUGGUAAGCCUAUUUAUAUGUAAAAUUCAGCGCUGAAAAUCCUGGAAUCUGAAAUGUCGUUUUCAGAAAUUCUGAGUGUUUUCAUGAUUUUCAGCACAAAAUUUUGAUUUAGAAACUUUAAUUUUUUACUGUUUCAAAAUUUUCAUAAGAAAUGAUUAUAUAUUUCGAAAUUCAUUAUUCCUAAGUAGUCCUUUUUAUCAGAGUUCCGAAUUUGCAACACCUUGAGCUGACUUUCAUAUGUGAAAUUUUGCGCUGAAAAUCCUGAAAAUGUUCAUGUUUAGUAAUUCUCAAUGUUUUCAUGAUUUUCAGCACAAAAUUUUGAUCUAGAAACUUUAAUUUUUCACUAUUUCAAAAAAUUUAUAAGAAAUGUUUAUAUUUCACGAAAAUCAUUCACAUACCCUAAAUUUUGUGCUGAAAAUCCUGGAAAUGUUCAUUUUCAGAAAUUCUCAGUGUUUUCAUGAUUUUCAGCGCAAAAUUUUGAUGUGGAAACUUUAAUUUUUUUUACUGUUUCAAAAUUUUUAUAAUUUUUUUCUAUAGUUUUCGAAAAUUACUCACUUUUAGUAGGCGAAUUUAUACUUGAAAUUUUACGCUGAAAAUCCAGGAAAUGUUGAUUUUCAGAAAUUCUGAGUGUUUUCAUGAUUUUCAACACAAAAUUUUGAUUUAGAAACUUUAAUUUUUUACUGUUUCAAAAUUUUCAUAAGAAAUGGAUAUAUAUUUCGAAAAUGAUAUUCCAGUUACUUCCCCUAUUAAUAUGUAAAAUUUCGCGCUGAAAAUCGUGGAAAUUUUAUUUUCAGAAAUCCUGAGUGCUGCUAUGAUUUUCAGCGCAAAAUUCUGAUUCAGAAACUUUUAAUUUUUUUUACUGUUUCAAAAUUUUCAUAAAAAAUUUCUAUAGUUUUCAAAAAUCAUUAGCUGACUUUCAUAUGUGAAAUUUUGUGCUGAAAAUCCUGGAAAUGUUCAUUUUCAGAAAUUCUCAGUGUUUUCAUGAUUUUCAGCGCAAAAUUUUGAUGUGGAAACUUUAAUUUUUUUUACUGUUUCAAAAUUUUUAUAAUUUUUUUCUAUAGUUUUCGAAAAUUACUCACUUCUAAUAGGACAAUUUAUAUUUAAAAUGUUAUGCUGAAAAUCCUGGAAUCUGAAAUUUCGUUUUCAGAAAUUCUGAAUGCUUUCAUGGUUUUUUUUUCAAAAUUUUGAUCUAGAAACUUUUCAUUUUUUCACUGUUUCAAAAAAUUCAUAAGAAAUGUUUAUAUUUUUCAAAAGUCACUAACUUUCCAAUUUAUACUUAAAAUUUUGCGCUGAAAAUCCUGGAAAUAUUCAUUUUCAGAAAUUUUCAGUGUUUUCAUGAUUUUCAGCCCAAAAUUUUGAUCUAGAAACUUUACAUUUUUUUACUGUUUCAAAAAAUUCAUAAGAAAUGUUUAUAUAGUUUUCAAAAAUCAUUGACUUUCCAAUUUAUACUCCAAAUUUCGCGCUGAAAAUCGUGGAAUUGUUCAUUUUCAGAAAUUUUCAGUGUUUUCAUGAUUUUCAGCGCAAAAGUUUGAUCUAGAUAUCUUUAUUUUUUCACUGUUUCAAAAUUUUCAUUAAAAUUUUCUAUAGUUUUCGAAAAUUGCUCACUUUUAGUAGGCUGAAAAUCCUGGAAAUGUUAAUUUUCAGAAAUUCUAAGUGCUUUCAUGAUUUUCAGCGCAAAAUUUUGAUAUAGAAACUUUAAUAGGCUUAAAAUUUUGCGCUGAAAAUCCUGAAAAUGUAAAUUUUCAGGUCUGCAAACCUUCACAGAUUGUCAAAAAAUCCUGCGUCUCGCCAAAUCUCGUCUCUCCGAAAUCCUCUCAAGUUUCGAAUUUCUCGAUGCUCAAAUCUUUGAAUGCCUCGAGGAAAAUCUGCAACUCAAAAGAGUGUUGCCCACCGAAACACCGUUCACAAUUCUCGUCGAAACAUCGGGUUCGAAUUCGGAACAUGAUCAGGAGAAAGUUGGGCGGUUUUUGGAGGAAUGUAUGGAAAAUGGUUGGGUGACUGAUGGUAUUUUGGUGAGGAUUUUUUUGAGACCAAAUAUGCCUGGGUUACUGUAGUUUUUCCCGCCAAAAAUUGAAAUUUGAAUAUGCGAUUUUUUGAGACCAAAUUUGCCUGGGUUACUGUAGUUUUUCCCGCCAAAAAUUGAAGUUUGAAAAUGCGAUUUUUUGAGACCAAAUAUGGCUGGGUUACUGUAGUUUUUCCCGCCAAAAAUUGAAUUUCAAAAAUUUCCGACCGGGAAAAUAUACGUUUCAAAUUUUUUUAAAUUUAAAUUCGCGCUUGAAAUUCAGUAUUCAAAUUUUGAAAAUUCGAAUUUUCCCGCCAAAAAUUCCAACUCUACAGUAACCCUAGGCGCGAAAAUUUUUUAUCUGAAAAAAUGGGAUCUUUUUGAGACCAAAUAUGCCUGGGUUACUGUAGUUUUUCCCGCCAAAAAUCCCAAAUCUACAGUAACCCUAACCGUAUUUGGUCUCAAAACGAUCGCAUUCUCAAAUCCACCCCAAAUUUCCAGGCAGAAUCCGCGGCCGAUGCCGCAAAAAUGUGGCAAGUUCGCGAAAGUGCCCCGCUUGCCACGUCACGCGAUGGUUAUGUUUACAAACACGACGUUUCGCUGCCGCUGGAGCAUUUUUAUGAGUUGACCGAAGUUGUACGCCGAAAAUUUGGCGGAAAAACGAAACGAAUUGUGACGUGGGGACAUUUGGGUGAUGGAAAUAGUCAUUUGAAUAUUACUAGCGAGAAAUUUGAUGAGGAAUUGUAUAAAAAGUGAGUUGGAUUACUGUGGGUACAGUACUCCUGGAGUACUGUAGUUUUUUUUUUGGGAGAAAUUUAGUAUAAAAAUGAAGCUCUUGGAAUUCUCUACAAAAUGAGCUACAGUACUCCCGGGUUACUGUAGUUUCUGGAAAAAAAUGAGUCGAAAAAAAUGUAUAGAGUUUUUGAAAUUAUCUACAAAACAAGGUACAGUACUCCUGGGGUACUGUAGAAAUUUCUAACUAAAUCUAGAAUUAAAAUGAAGCUCUUUGAAUUCUCUACAGAAUGAGCUACUCCCUAGGUUUACUGUAGGUACAGUACUCUAGGAUUACUGUAGUUUCUGGUAAAAAAAACCGAAAAAAAAUCCAAGAGAGUUCUUUUACAAAUUGAGCUACAGUACUCUUUGAUUACUGUAGCUACCGUUUUUCUGUAGUACUGUAGAAUUUUAAUUUAAAAAUUAGUAUCAAAUAGCUUGAAAUGGUCUACAGUACUCGAGGAUUACUGUAGGACUCCUAACAAAAUCUAGUAUCAAAAUGAAGCUUCUCAAAUUCUUUAAAAAAUGAACUACAGUACUCCAAGAUUACUGUAGGAUUCUCAAGCCGAAUCUAGUAUCAAAAUAAAGCUACAGUACUCCUAGAUUACUGUAGAUUUUUCUAUCCAAAUCUAGUGUCAAAAUGAAGCUCUAAAAUUGAUCUACAGUACUCCCGGGUUACUGUAGGAUGCUCAAGCCGAAUCUAGUAUCAAAAUAAAGCUACAGUACCCCCUAGAUUACUGUAGAUACAUAUAUUUGCAGUCUCUACCCAUUUCUGUAUGAAUGGGUCGUUUCACACGGUGGUUCAAUAUCAGCCGAACACGGGAUCGGUCGCCUCAAACUACCGUACUCCAACUACGGUAAAUCACCAGCCGAACGAAAAUUGUGCCAAAAUUUGAAACAUUUGUUCGACCCGCACGGUAUUCUAAAUCCAUACAAAUUUUUAGCCACAACAACUGAAUAA